GCGCCGGGACCGGGAGCGCCGCGGGCAUCACGGGCCGGAGAGAGGGCGCUGCGCUCGGGCUGCCCAAUGCGUGGACUAUCUGCAGCCGCUGCUCGUGCAAUAUGCUGGAGCUCCAGAACAGCUAAACGCAGUCGCCACACCGCUGCUUGGGCUGGAUCACAGCGCUGCCUUUCCUUAUGAAGAAGACACAAACUUGGAUUAUCACUUGCAUUUAUCUUCAACUGCUCCUAUUUAAUCCUCUCGUCAAAACCAAAGGAAUCUGUGAAAACCGUGUGACUGAUGAUGUGAAAGACGUGACAAAAUUGGUGGCAAAUCUUCCAAAAGACUAUAAGAUAACCCUCAAAUAUGUCCCCGGGAUGGACGUUUUGCCUAGUCAUUGUUGGAUAAGCGAGAUGGUGCAACACUUGUCAGUCAGCUUGACUGAACUUUUGGAGAAGUUUUCAAAUAUUUCUGAAGGCUUGAGUAAUUAUUCUAUCAUAGACAAACUUGUGAAAAUAGUGGAUGAUCUUGUGGAGUGCAUGGAAGAACACUCAUCUGAGAAUGUAAAAAAAUCAUAUAAGAGCCAAGAAUCCAGGCUAUUUACUCCUGAAGAAUUCUUUAGAAUUUUUAAUAGAUCCAUCGAUGCCUUCAAGGACUUGGAGAUGGUGGUAUCUAAAACUAGUGAAUGUGUGGUGUCUUCAACAUUAAGUCCUGAAAAAGAUUCCAGAGUCAGUGUCACAAAACCAUUUAUGUUACCCCCUGUUGCAGCCAGCUCCCUUAGGAAUGACAGCAGUAGCAGUAAUAGGAAGGCCUCAAAUUUCACUGGAGACUCCAACCUACAAUGGGCAGCCAUGGCAUUGCCAGCAUUCUUUUCUCUUGUAAUUGGGUUUGCUUUUGGAGCCUUAUACUGGAAGAAGAAACAACCAAAUCUUACAAGGGCAGUUGAAAAUAUACAGAUUAACGAAGAGGAUAAUGAGAUAAGUAUGUUGCAAGAAAAAGAGAGAGAGUUUCAAGAAGUGUAAUUGUGGCUUGUGUCAACACUGUUACUUUCAUACAUUGGCGGGUAACAGUUCAUGUUUGCUUCAUAAAUGAAGCAGCUUUAAACAAAUUCAUAUUCUGUCUGGAGUGACAGACUGCAUCUUUAUCUGUUCUUACUACCCACAACUCUGUAUGGAUGAUUCAGAAAUUGGAACAAAGUAUUUUACUGUGAAACUGGCACUGAAUUAAUCAUCUGUAAAGAAGAAGUUGCAUGGAGCAGGACUCUAUUUUAAGACCUGGGGGACUUGUGGUCUCAUUUAGAACUUAUAACUGAUGUUGGAAAAGAAAGCAUGUGUUCCAGACUGCAUGCACCAUCUUGCAUGCCUCCAGAAAUGUCUAAUUACUGAAAAGCCACAUAGCUUUAUUUUCAGUUACAACCGUAGUUACCUUGGUCUCUGCAAGUAGAUUUCAGCCUGGAUAGUCGGGGUAAUAAUUUUUCUCAAAGGGAUCUGGAAAAAAUUUUAAAAACAAAAACUUAUAGCAUCAGCCACUGUACAGUAGAAAACAGUGUCAACAAACUGAUUGGAGCAGGCAACGUGUCAGCCUUGUAGCCGCGGAUUAAUGAUAUGGGUCUGAUCUUGGUCUCUUCCUGACAUAAGCCACACCCACCUAUAUCCCACUAGACAAAUGGGCAUGGUUGGCUGGAUCUAUCCAUGCAGGGGAGCCAGUACUGAAUUAGAACAGUGACACCUUUGCAGAGGAGAGACUCCAAAAGAGUCAUCGCACAAAGCAGCUAUGAACAUUGAACAGUGGGACAGUCACCGAGGAGGACAUCUGGCACCCAUGGUGAGGAUGACCUUUUCCCUUGACCACAAUAAAGUGUAUAAACUGUGCUUGCAAAAUAUAUUACGAAAUGUUUAUAUUCUAAAGCUAUUACAGAGUUAUGUAAAGGGACUUAGGAGAAAUUGCUGAAUGUAUGAAGGUCCCAUUUUCAAUUUCUGCCAUGGGAGAGAGUAAAAAUAAAUUAUGAUAUUUAGUACCUAAAGGUAGAAAACCACACCCACAUGCUAAUAUGGGUGUUGAAAACUAGGUUACUUGGCUUUUACAAGAAUGCAAAGAAUCAGGAAACUAGUUAUUUAUAGUAUAAUCACUAUUAUCUGUUUAAAGGAUCCAUUUAUUUAAAAUCAGGCGCUCUAUAUUCAUUAAGGUUUAUGAAUUAAAAAUGAGAACUUUAUGUAGUUAUGCAUGUCAGUUUGCUAUUUAAAAUUUGUGAUGGCAUUUGUCAUAUUAAGAGUGAAUUUGGCAAGAAUUUCCAAGAUGGACUUGCGCUUUUAAACUAGAAUUUAUAAGACAUCAUGUGAAUUCCCCUUGCCAAUUUUUUUUUGCAGUCAAAGGAACAUCUGACUAAAGUCAAAGAAUGAUUUCUUAUGGUUUAUUCUGAUGAAAGUUCUUUUAGCAUAUCACGAACAUACACAUAAAGGAGUCCAAAGCUUUCCAUUCUAACUUAGUCCUUGUAAUAACAUUAUUGCCAUGUUCUACCAUCAUCAGGUGACCAUUUUCAAUGUAGUGAUAUGAAAGAACAUAACAAACUAACUGCUAGCUUUCCUUUGAUUUCAAGAGUCCAAGAAUUUCUAGUAUCUUUGGAUUUUAGCUUACGUUCAGAGCUAAUCCAGAUAUAAUUUCAGUAAGUGGCCUUUGCUCUUUUUUGUACCAAAGAGCCCAGAUGAUUUCUACGAUUCCUUCCUUCUCUAAAGUGCUGUGGUUCUUCAAACACUAGUCAUUUCACUAAGAUCCAAGCCAGUUGCUUUGGGAAGCUGCAUUAACUUAUUCAGGCCCUCAGAUAUCCCAUGGUACAAUUGAUUAAUUGAAAAUCAGAAAUCAGUUUAAUUGCUGAAAGGACCUGUCUCAGUGUGUGAUAUUGACGUUUUGAGGAAAAUAGACAUAGAUUAAUAUGAGUUUUGUGUGUAGGUCAUGUGUAGAUGAGAAGAUUGGUACUUCUCAAUCUAAUAGUUUGGUUUCUUUUACCAGUAGUUUCAAUUUUCUUAGGCAUGUGAAUAUGCUAUUUAAUGAGCUUGAGAGUACAGUAAAUGUACUUUUGUUCUCAAGGCUAGGAGCUGGGUUUUAACACUCAAGGACGUGGUCCUAAUCAAUACAGUUAAAUAGACAUAUUCAGCAAGUUAUGAAAUUUGGCAUAGUAGGUGAGGGGAGAUGUUUUCUGCCUAAUUAAACAUUGGUUCAUUGAGAGUUACAUGGAUUACCAAUUUUUAAAACACUAAAGUUCCAUAAAAUGCGUGAACAAUAGAAAAAUGCUGGACAUUAUUUUGGAUGCUAGCUGCUUGGGCAUUAACUGUGUCAUAUCUGCUUUGAGAUAAAAAGAAAUAUAUCUAUAUCUAGGCUUUAUGUUAUCUGAUAUGUAUUCUGAAUAUCCGUCUUCAUAAAUCAUGGAAAACUCACAACUGACAUUGUAAACCGUGAAAUCACUUUUUAAAUUGGUGCCAUGUAUCUGAUCAUUCUCUUUUGUAAUGUUUCAAAAUUGCCUUUUAAAAUGAUGUCAGAAGUCUGCAGAUUCUAAAUUAUACUGAAAGUUUUGCACCUCUUUGGUAGAACCCAAGUCUAUAAAGAAACUGGCUCUGUGAUAAAUGGUGCCUGCUCAGUGAUAUGGAAGUGCUCCUGGAUUCUGUAUUACAAUCUAAUGUGCUUACCACAGUGCCACUUUUUAAUGAGUCAGAUUGUUUUUUAAUACAGUAAUAGAAUAAGUAACCUAUCCUCUUAAAAAAGGGUUAAGUAUGUGAAAAAUGAAAACAUAUGAAAAAGUAUGUGUCCAUAAUGAAAUGUUGUUUGCUUUUAAUCAGAAACACAUUUCAUUGAGCAUUAAAGUACUUUGGAGAAACGUUGUGGCAUUUUUUGGUACUCUAAUUCAAUUGAAGUUAAAUUAACAAAAACAUCUAUUCAGAAUUCAUGGGUAUUUCUUAAUGUUUUUCUGCAGCUAGGUUUUGUUUCAACAUGUAAUUCCAAUAUAGAGCUUUUAGCCAUUCCAUAUCUAUGCUUCUUUAACUAAAAAAUGUAUUUUUUUAAAAAGACAGUUUGGCUUAGUGGGGUAGAUGUUGGGAAAAAUCGUCAGGAGGCUCUAUUCUGCCGUUAACUCAUAUUGGUAAAUCACCUCUCCUCUUUGGAUCUCAAUUCUUUUAUUUAUAUACUGAACUUGGAGGUCACAUCUUAGGUGUGAAACCUAUUGAUAUAUGACAGACAAAAAAGAUAAAACAGAGCUGAAACUAUUCCAUAUAAAAUAUCCAACUCUGAUCUCUGUGAAUAAGCAAUUUGAACAUAAAAAGUCAUUACCGUUAGUUCUUGUUUGUAAUGUAAAUAGGGUCCAUUAGUAAAAGUGAAAUUCAGUCUCAUGUAGGGUGAAUUGGAUAACCAUGUAUACAAGAGAUGGCUUUUUUCUUUGCUUAAAUAAAUGUUUUUGGAUCACCUCUGAAGAGUGAAAACCAGUAGUACAUUUUCGUGAUUUUAGUCAGGAAGAGAUUCUAUAUAAGAUGCGUGUAACAUUUGGAAAUGCCCCACAUCAAGGAUUUAAAUGCUCUCAUUUUAUUAAAAGCUAAGAGCAGAAAAUGUAAGAUGCUCAUAACAUUUUUGAAUGCCAAAAGAUCAUUUAGAAUCCAUUUGGAAAGGGGUAAUCCAUAAAUUACAUUUUAAAAUUGAAAAGGGGGAUAAGAAUUUUAAAGUUAUCCAGCUUGUCUUUGAAACAAUAUUAUUUUGAAAUGGCAUUAAAAGAUAAACAUUCAGGUGGAAAUUCUGACUAGUUCAUUUUUGGUAUUUGAUCAUACAAUUUAUGGUGUUGCUGCUUUCCAUUAACAAGUCUGGAAAUGCCUUUGUUUGAAAAGAUAAAAUAAUGGUACUUUGAUUUCCUAAAAAGGUGUUGUCUUAGAAAUAAUCCAUAUUAAAAUGAAUAUUUAUGAUCCUAAAAUGUUUGCUAAGCAUUGUAAAUUUAUAACUGCCAUCUCCAACUACAUCCUUAUGAUGUUGUUUUUAAAAAUAAAAUUAAGAUAAUAAUAGUUUGAACUAAAAACCAUAGUAUUUUCAGUUACUUGAUUUCUGAGCUAUAAGACUCACUAAAUAAAAUUUUCCAAUCAAAAUAUCCUAUUCUAUAGUCUAAGGAUUAAUGUGUGAUUAUAGUGUCCCACUUGCCACGUUUUUUAAGUCAAUGGACUUGAAAAGUAUUCAGAUAUUUAGAUGGAUGCACAGGUAUAUUGCUAGUCAGUCAUAGAUUGGAGUUUGCGUAUUGUAAUGUAAAUGUAUGUCAACACUAUUCUAAAUAGUUUUAUUAUGACUGAAGUUUAAUUAAAUAAAAAAGGUUGUAAAAUGUGAUGUGUUAUGUGUAUAUACUGUAUGUGUACUUUUUAAAAUAGGUAUAUGUCCUGACCCUUUUUUAUACAGGUUUGAAUUUGAAAUUACAUUAUAUAUACAUAUACUUUAUUGUUCUAAAUAAAGAAUUUUAUGCACUCUCA